AUGUAUCGACAGAUACUUAUUCAUGAGUCACAGCUACAUCUGCAACGAAUAUUGUGGCGCGAGAACUCGAAUUCGCCGGUCGGUACUUAUGAGUUGCUUACCGUUACUUACGGCACGGGCUCGGCGCCAUUUCUCGCGACGAGAUGCUUUCAACAUUUGGCACAAAAACAUGCCCUCGAUUAUCCUGCGGGGGCACAAUGCGUUCUUCGGGAUUUUUAUGUGGAUGACUUACUCGCGGGCGCCAAUACAUUGUCCGAAGCAGGGCGCAUUCGUGACGAGGUGAUAGCCUUAUUAAGCGCGGACAGUUUGAACUCGGCAAAUGGUCAUCGAAUUGCCGAGAAUUGUUACAGGGCAUUAGACACAACGAGUGCGGAGGUAUCAUUAGGCGAUGAAGCGAGCUCGAAAAUAUUGGGAGUCGCAUGGGAUCCGUCCAGCGACGGAUUUCGCUUCGGAUACAAUUGCGGCGCACCGACAGGUAGCAUAACGAAGCGGACGAUCUUGUCGGAAAUCGCGAGUCUCUUCGACCCUUUGGGUUUAUUAGGGCCACUGACAGUUGUGGCAAAAAUGAUCAUGCAAGAUACGUGGCAGGCUCGCGUCGGGGGGGACAAAUCGUUGCCGCAAGAUUUGCAUCAGCGAUGGCUGAACGUAAAACAACAAUUGACGCGCCUUCGCGAAUUGCGUGUGCCGCGUUUUGUCGGAUUUCGGGCGGACGCGCACAGAUCACAAGUACACGGCUUUUGUGACGCGAGCGAGCGUGCAUACGGCGCGUGCGUAUACAUAAGAACGCGCGAUUCCGACGGAUACCGGGUGGAACUUUUAAUUUCCAAAUCACGAAUAACACCAAUUAGAGCAGUUUCGUUACCGCGGCUAGAAUUGAAUGCCGCGUUAUUGCUAUCACAUUUAAUCGAGAAGAUUCGCGCAUCGGUUGAUUUAUCGAAAUCAGAGAUAAUUUUAUGGACGGAUUCCACAAUUACUAUACAAUGGAUAUCGUCGCCGUCGCGUAAAUGGAACGCUUUCGUGGCCAAUCGCGUCGGUGAAAUUCAGUGCCUUACCAGGAGAUCGAGUUGGCGGCACGUGCCGUCCGCUCACAAUCCCGCGGAUAUAUUAUCGCGCGGCGUCGACCUGGCGGGCUUAAUGCAAUCGACAAUUUGGUGGAACGGACCUGCAUUCCUGCAGUUAACUGAGGAACAUUGGCGGUCAAAUUAUGUGUCGACUUGUCGGGCGAGUUACCGGAACAAAAAAAAGUAA